CGGCUCAGAAACAAGCCGAUUGCCGUAGAGGACAGGUGUAUAGCGCGUUAACGACAUUUCGUUGUUGUUGGGUUGACAAAUAAUCGUGGCACGAUAUGUCAUAGCACGUGGCCUUACAUAAAAACAUAAAACAAGGAGAAAGAGCCGGUAGGAAAACAUUCCAAAAAUUCACUGGCCACAAUUGCGAAUAAUUCUUGGCGCUCGGUUACACGCAUUGUUGUACAAAUUAUUAUUUAAUUAACGCAGGUGCUGUGUCCGUACGAGUAUACAUUCGCGCAUGAGUGUACACAAUAUCAGUUUAUAACAGAAGUCACACUACACUUAAUAUACAUAUGUACGUGCAUAUGUAUGUAUGUGAAUUGUGCCACGAGUUUGUGUUCAUUGUUAAACAUAGUGCGCGGGACGCGGCAUUAAGGCUCAGAAGCGGCCGUUAUGGGAAUAAGUUGAAAUAAAUUCGUGCAACUAAAUGCUCAUACCCACUAGCUCAUGAGUUCAUGCGGCGUGUAUCAAAGUGACGAUUUACCGCAUAAUGCCGUAAUUACCAUCGGAGUAGGCAGUGCAGUUUAUCAAAAAUUUGCUGAAAAAAUCAAUACAUAAAUUAUAUGUACAUAUGUAUAUGUAUAUUUCAACAAGUGUUUUACGCAGGAAAAACGGAUGAUUGCAUUUAUGUACAUACUUAUGUACUUAUACGUAUAUACAUAUAUAGCCAAAAAUAAUAAUAUAUAGAUUUGAGAACACAGACCCCAGAGUUCGUCAUGAACGUUGGCCAAGUGAUUGUAGCAGUACCAGCCUUAAUCAUAACGUAUUUCAUAAUAUUUCAAACACAAUUGAUCGGCGCGCAGCCAAGCCAAUUGAAACAAUUGUCCAUUUUGUCGCUAACCGGAACAUUCGCUAGUCCACCGGUAUCAACAAAGCACAUUUCGCUAAAAGCUUUUAACCAAAAUGCAAUAACGAAACUUAAAGCACCAAAAAGCUUUCUGGAGAGUACGAACAGACAGCAUUCAUCACAUCCAUGGAAAAGCUUCGAACCGCAUCCGAAUUCCCGGAUGGUGGGAAAAGCUCAACAGGAGUUUCCUCAGCGCAAACGUCGCAGUGUAUUUCACAUUCGUUGGAACCCAAAUGAAAAAUACGUAGUGGAGAGUAGAGAAAAACCAGCAAUUAACUCUUCUAAACUAUCACCACAUCCUCGCCUUAAACUAUCGAAAAAUACUAAACUUACAUUUAAUCCGAAAUUAUAUAUCUGCCAUGAGAAACAUUUGGAGAAUUGCCAGAACAAAACUGCGAAUUUUCGUCAACACAUAAUUCACAUUUUUGAAAGAUCACUAACAGACUUAACUAAUGAGCCCAAUUUCUACAACGUACACUUCACACCUGCAUUCGCAAGUAGCUUCGAAGAACAGUACUAUCCAUCGUCGUGCCUACUUAUGGAUGCUGCGGUGAAAAUAUUACGACGCAGGGAUCCUCCUUUCCAUAAUUUGGAACUUGGAAAGCUGUUCCCUAAACAAAAAUUAUUUCGCAAAAUAAAGGAGAUUAGGACAUGUGCCAUUGUAUCUAGUGCUGGAUCACUUUCCGGCGCAAAACUGGGAAGAUUUAUUGAUUCACAUGACAUAGUGAUGCGAUUUAAUGAUGCUCCCACGAUAGGAUACGAAGUAGAUGUUGGUAGCAAAACUACAAUUCGAGUAUUAAACUCUCAGGUGGUUACAAAGCCCCACUUUAAUUUUACACAUUCACCUAUAUUUCAAAAUGUCACAAUUGCUGCCUGGGAUCCAGGAAAGUACAACACCUCACUAAGUGAAUGGAGUAGUGCCGCAGACUAUGACUUAUUUACCAACUACAGGAUAUAUCGUCGCAAAUAUCCUAAAUCUAGAGCAUUUCUAAUUGAUCCUCAUUCGGUAUGGCGUCUUUGGCAAAGCUUACAAACUUUUGUUGGAAGUCGUCCCAUUCGUAAAAACCCUCCAAGUUCAGGUUUCAUUGGACUCUCUUUAUUAUUGCCCCAUUGUCCGUAUAUAGAUUUUAUCGAAUAUAUACCUUCAACUCGUCUAAAUGGUCGAUGUCACUACUAUAGUAAAGAGAUGAAUUCGGCUUGUACAUUUGGAGCGUGGCAUCCUUUGGCUGCUGAAAAAUUAAUGGCGCUCGAUAUGAAUUUAGCAGAUGAUAUGUCCGUUUUCCAACUUGGAAUUUUGCGCAUACGCCGUCCAGAUAAAUUACUUUGUGGAUUUAAUUUUUUUGGAUAUUGAAAGUGGUGACAGUGAGAUGGAUUCAAUCAACAAUAGUUGGCCUUCUAAAACCUAUUAAUCCUGACUAAAUUGUCUGUACUUUCAAUGUAAUAAGCGAAAAUUUUGUAAUUCUUUAUGUAGGAACCGAUUUAAAUAUAUAUAUGUAUAUGUAC